AACAAAUUUGAGUUCGCGCUCAGUGGAGCGGGAUUAUUGGGUUCUUAGAUAUCUCAGCCGUCGUCUCUCUUCCUCUCUGAGGCGGCGAUCACCGGGAAAAGAGGACUGCAUCCAAACGCGGCAGCUGGUUGCAGUCUAGGACAUGACUUGCACAAAGAGAUGGACUGUAACCUAUACGAAGCACAUGAAGCAGAAGAGAAAAGUUUAUCAGGACGGGGUAUUGGAGCAAAGUGCUUCAGGUAACAAGGUAAUGUUGUAUGAUGACAGUGAGAAACUCAUAGAUAGCAGGUUUUUCAAGAAAGGUGAGGUGGUUGAAUGUGGCAGAACGCUGACCAUGGAAGCCCAUCUUGUUGAUAUUGGAGAUCCCGAAGCAAAUCACAAACCUCUUACAAAUUUAAAUAUCAGCAGAACAGAUAAGAAAUUAAAUGAAAUGGCUGGCCUGCAGGGACAAAACGAAAACAGAAAAAGCAUGUUGCAGAGUAAACGACCGAAUAAAGUUUUAAAUGCGAUAAAUUGCAGCAUCAGAGAUAACAAGAAAAACACAUCGGAUGGUAGACCACCGCAGAAACAUUCAGUUGCCGUACCAAGAAGCAUUACAGUGAGCACAAAGACUGAAUUUGGUAGCUCUGGAGCACCACAAACCCGUCCAAAUACAACACAUACACCAUUAAAAGAAUGGAAUGUCUUAUAUACCACACAAAUUACUCAAAAGGCAAAAAGAUAUCAUGAUGGCAUAUUGCGACUUGCACUAUGCGGUUCUCAUAACAAUCAGAUUUUCUUAUUGGAUGAAGAUGGUGCAGUACUGAGCAGCAAGUUCCUCAGGUCAGCUGAAAAUGUGGAAAAAGGCAACAAGAUUGGGUUGUCCAACUAUCUGGUUGAAGUUUGUGAGCCACUAACUUCCCUGGAAGAAGGUCUCCAUCAGGUUCCUUCAGUGCAAGUUGCAUGUUCUAGCUGCUCUAAUGACAGCAAAUUCACAACUAAUACGGAAAAUCUUAGUGGCAUGAUGCUGCCUACUGAAGAUUUACAGAAGGGUCAUUCAGAGCAAGUUAUAGGUUCUAGUGGCUCAAAUAUUGGGAAGUCUACGAGCUGUGGAAGGCUGCUAAAUGAUGAGCCAUUGCGUGAUGCCUGCCAAAUUCUAUCUAUUCUUCAAAAGCCAUUGCCAAAAGAGAAUGUCGACCAAAGAAAGCUGCCAGUAGAUCAAGCUCAUUCAUCACCAUCUUCAGACUGCACCUUAUUGGAUGUACAAAGUCAUACCAAGGAGCUUAGUGUGCCAGGGAUGAAUUUUUUGAGGGAAACUGUUGGUGACAAACAUGACUAUGACUCUGCUGGAGGUGCUGCUCAAACCUCUACGUCAGGAAGUCCCUUCGUAGAUUUUGAAGCUUCUCAGGAAGUUCAUACUUCGAGCAUUAUCAUUGCGGCAGACAUUGAUAGUGAAGAGAAAUUGCCAUCAGAUGGUUGUUCAUCUACUUGCAAUCAGUUAUCUGGGCAAGUGGCACCAGAAACUUCAGCAACCAUAACGGUUAUGGAGUCUACUGAGAAAAGUUAUGCGGGCAUGACAGUUUCCACUGCAGGAUCCAGAGUCUCAGAUGCUAAUGCUUGCACUUCGUUCAGGAUGAGUCAAGGAAAUGUGUCUGAUAAUAGUAGUGCUGAUAAUGAUAGGAGUCCAGGACCUCCAGGAACGAGUGGUACUGGCAUCUUGGGUGUCUAUAGCGUGAAAUAUGAAAGUACCGAUCAGAUCUGUACCGAGAACAAAGCAGAUGGGAGGCUUGGAAGGGUCCCCUUGUUGGACGAAUCAGAAUCUCUAAAUGCGACAACUAAGAAUUCCGAGUGUCAGUGCUCGACAAGUAUGUGCCUUGAUGUGGACGAAGCACCUACAUUUGAUUUGGGUCUCUAAAUAAAGGAUCAGCAGUAUGUUGUUGCUGCGGCUCAAAGCUUAGACAUUCAUCGGGCCAUUCAUUUGCUUUUCCCUGGCCAAGCUUGCCGUUCUGAGCAGCAGAAAAGUUAGUGCUAUGGUCCAUUUCUUCUAUAGUCCUCAUGAUUUCAGUGCGUCACUGUAAACGUAAAUCAAAUCAUGCUCACUUGCACUUGCACCGUUGCUUCAAGCCCUAUGGUUAAAUCCACUGGCCUCCUGAUUUCGAUUUCUUAUAACACCCUCUCUCCUUGGAAAAUAAUUUCGAUGUUGAAACGUG